CUUCGCGGGAUGAGCUUGUAGGGUUGAGAACUUUAUAUGAGACUUGUAUAAUAUAUAUAUAUAUAUAUAUAUAUAUAUAUAUAUAUAUAUUACCACAUCAACCAUUUUGGUAAUUGGCCAUGAAACACUCCACCCAUCUUCUACGCAGGCGACAUCAAUCAAGGGCUCCUUGACUGAGUGCUAGCGCGAUGUUUUGACAGUGAAUAUUUGACAAUUUUGCCCCAUAACUGCAGGUGACGAAGAGGGGACACAGAGGACACCUGCUGAACUCAUCCUACUGUGGAUAAAAGUACCACAAUGACACAUGAGAGACCCAAACACACGAAGCUGCUCUCCUUCCAUGGUGAUAUUCUCACAUUCCAGUGCAAACUCCCCAAUCCCAGAGAUGGCGAAAGUCAAAGAGGAUCAGAAUUGGCUUUCAGCAGACUGACAUUUCAACGGGAUGGCUGCACUUUCUUAAAGGGGAAUGGUGGUAUGGCCGUCAUCAACAGAAAGAGUUCAUCUAAUGUUGAUAUAGUGGCAUGCACCUUUGCCCUACAUGUGAAAAACAGAGUCACUUCGCCAUGCAUUUUACUGAUACAGAGCAAGAAGGGAAAUGUCUUCAAGUACAGCCUUCUCACUCUGAGCAUCUCAAAUAGAUUAGAGCCACAUAUGGAGUUUAAACUGCCAUACCGAAUGAAAGACAAUGUUACUAUCUUGCAAGGCCCUACCGUAUUAUGGAGCCAUGCUGAUAUUGUCUUCUACACGUCACUGCAGGCAGGUGAAGUUAGACAAAUACCUAUCAAGCUCUCUCUGAAUUGUAUUGUUGAGUUUCCUCUCAACAAAAGAAAAAUAUUCAUACUAGGUUACCAAACACAAUCAAAAGAAUGCCUGAAAGAUCAUUUGGACGCUCCAGGUGGGAGCAAAACCAUGGGGUAUUUUGUAGAGGACGGACAAGUAUUUAAUGCAGAUCUGAUCUUACCUCAUGCCUAUAGUUCCAUCACACAGUGUGUGUUUGUGGUCUCCGCUGAAGAGGUGAACAGUGUGUUGAAAUCAACUGUGGUGGCAGCGACCAGUAAAAAGCAGUUGGUGUAUUUUGAGAACGGCAUUCCCAUUGAGGUCUGUCUGCUUCCCUUUGAAGAACCUCAACACAUUCAGAUGGUCAACACUGGACGCAAUGGAUGUCUGUUUGCCAUCUAUUUCAACGAUGGACAUGUCUGUGCAGUGUGGAAAGAUACUUUUCAGGUAGCAUCAUGCUGGUCAGGUGUGACCUCCCUACAUGUGGAUGACUUUUUGAGCUGUGGAACAGAUCAGAUGCUGCUGGUCUUUGGAAGCCAGAGCCCUCCUGUGGAUCCAGUGGAUCUUUUCCUCAUCACAGAUCUCUGUGGGACAACCUAUUCUCAUGGACAGGAGAGCAGUGAAGGACAGCAGGCAUCUGACACAGCUCAGGAGAACUACCUCCUAACUGUCCAAGCUCUACAGUCCAGACUACAGAGUGGCCUGACCUUGCUCCAGGAUCUUCAGAGCGACGUGAGGGUGAAGGAGAGGGUUCUACGCCAGUCAGUCCAAGCCCUCACAGACCUGGUCUCAGGAAGAGAACACAUUCUCACCCAGACAGAGCAGGAAGGCCUUGUUUCUCUAUGGGAAGAUGAGCCAGAGGACGAGGCCAUUCAUGAGAAGAGGCAGGUUAUGCCGGUGAUGCCACCACCUCUAGUGGACAAUCUUUGGCACCGUGUCAUUGAAGACCGCUUGAUUGUGGGUGUGAUACUAUCCACAGAGAGUGCCAUCUCAGCGGAGAGUGUUACUUUAUCCAUCCUGAGAGAGAGAGGCCAGAGCCAGACGCCUGCGGUCAUCCAGACCCACAGCCAAGCGUCCUGGUUCCCCACACCCAGCCCCUCCACACCCAGCCCCCCGUCUCCGGACUUUCACCCAGAGCCAGCGGCUAAGAGGAGCAGGCGGACCGUUGCCAGCGGAGCCCGUGCCACACACCGACUGGCAGUGACCGCUAUGACUGACCUGACCCCUCUGCUGACCUCUGGCAGUGUCAAAUGCCCCAUUAUGCUCCAUUACGUCCACAGACAGGGAUCUUCGGCCUCUGUAACUGCUCCAGGACCAACAGUGGUCCAGUGCGGUCAAAUCCAAAUUGAUAUUCAGGUCAAACACCACCGCCAGCUGAUGACCAACAGUCAACUCACAACAGAUGAGGCUAGAGAAGACCUGCUUAGCCUAUUGGCUGUGCUGGAUGCCUGGACCUUCCUGAUCCACUCUCCUGACCACACCCUGUGUGAUGUGGCUGGCUGGAUCCAGACAAGCAUUCCCUGUGAGAGGCUAGAGAUCAGCCCACACUACCUACUGGCCAAUCCUGCUGGGCCAUCUGCUGUCAUGCUGUUUCACUGGCAGCACAAAACACCUUUCCAGGGAGAAUUAUCCGUCCACUGCAGCCAGUUCAAGGUGCUGCAGUUCCUCGACUCCCUGUUCGGUUUCCUGCCAGCAUCCUGCUCCAUCCUGCGCCUCAGGCAGGGGGGAGGAGACGGGACGGUACCACGACUGGCCCAUUCCCUGGAGAAAGAGGUAAUGUCACUCAAACAGGGCGUGUCGUCUUUGCUCCAUGGCGAGGAAGAGGAGAUGGAGGAGGUGAAGAAGAGCAGUGGAGUGAAGAAGAUGGAGCCCCCUGAUCCAGGCUCUGCUGAGGGACUCCAGAGAUGCAGGGAGGAGUGGCAGCGGGACAAGGAGAGGAGCAGGAGGCUGUUGAGCCCCCUGGUGGGCGUGGAGCGCUAUCGCAGGUUGACCCAGAGCCUAACCCAGGUACAGCUGGAAGGAGAUGUAGCUGCCCUCCUAGAGACACAGACACUAAUUUAGGCUUGCAAUGCAUUGACAUGCACACUAAGUGGCCAGCCCAAAUUCUUCGGUUCAUGGGAACGUAGCUCAAUUGGUAUCAAGGGACCUAACGGGUGCCAGGAAAAUUCCCCACACCAUUAUACCACUGCCACCAGCCUAUACCGUUGAAACCAGGCAGGUUGGGGCCAUGGACUCAUGCUAUUUACGCCAUAUGCUGACUCUGCCAUCAGCAUGACGCAACAGGACCCGGGAUUAGUCGGACCAGGCAAAGUUCUUCCACUCUUCAGUUGUCCAGUGUUGGUGAUCGAGUGCCCACUGGAGCCACUUCUUGUUUUUAGUUGAUCGGAGAGGAACCCGGUGUGGUCGUCUGGUGCAAUGGCCCAUCUGUGACGAGGAACGACAAGUUGUUAAUUCCGAGAUGCCGUUGUUGUACUGCACCGUUAUUUGCCUGUUUGUGGCCUGCUUGUUAGCUCGCACGAUUCUUGCCGUUCUCAUUCGACCUCUCAUCAACAAGCUGACAGGACUGCCGCUCACUGGAUGUUUUUUUUGUUUGUCGCACCAUUCUCGGUUAACCCUAGACACUGUUGUUUCUGAGAUACUGGAACCGAUGCGCCUGGCACUGACGAUCAUACCACGUCUCUUAGAUCACUCGUUUUGCCCAUUCUAAUGUUCAAUCGAACAGUUUCUGAACGCCUCAAUACCUGUCUGCCUGCUUUAUAUAGCAAGCCACAGCCACGUGACUCACUGUAGGAGUGAACCAUUUUCGUGAAUGGUGCAUCUAAUAAACUGGCCACGGUAGUGCAGUAGUUCUUUUUUAUUUCUAUGCCUUCUACAGGAUUGUAUGGUUACCUUCUUUUGGUUUCUAAUAUUCUGUAUGUUCCUGUUAUCAAUGAAAUGUUGAGAUUCAGUCCAGAGGAUCACUGUCUUAUGCCAUGUUGAACUGAGUGCUACCUUAUGCUUUGUCAUUGGUAAUGAGAAGUUACAAACCUGAGAUGCAAUUCACCCUGUAGGUUACUGUAAUUAUUAUGUUAAUCUCUCAUACUGUAAACCUGCCUGUACCUAUAGUUCCUCAGAUGUACGGUCCAUUUAAAAAGUGUUCAUACCCCUCGACUUAUUCCACAUUUUGUUACAGCCUGAAUUCAAAAUGUAUUAAAUAUGUUUUGUUUCAUCCAUCUACACUCUAUAAUGACAAAGUGAAAACUUUCUGAGAAAUUGUUUAAAAUGUAUUAAAUGAAAUACUAAAAUCUCAUUUACUUAAGUAUCUCUCAGUGAUUACAUCUGUGAGUCUCUCUGCGUAAGUCUCUAAGAGCUUUCCACACCUGGUAUGUACAAUAUCUGCCCAUUUCUUUUAUUAUUUUCUCAAUUUUUCAAGCUUGUUCUUCAUUUAAGUCAGCAUUGAUGGGAUGGAGCAUUGCUCUCUCUACAGAACUUUGUUUCGAGAAGGGGCUCAGCCUAAUCGGUUAUGGCACUUCACAACAAGUAAUUAGUUUCACUUCCUUUUAUUAGCACCUCAAAACCAAUGGUGCUUUAUUUCUACUGAAGUAGCAGAACAGCAGCAUACAGUGCCUUCAGAAAAUAUUCACACCCCUUUGUGAAAAUGUUUUGUUAGAGCCUGAAUUAAAAAUGGACAAAAUUAAAUAACAAACAUCUCAUCCAUCUAAACACAAUACCCCAUAAUGACAGUUUUAACAAAUUUAAAUUCAAAUGUUAUUUACAUAAGAAUUCACACCCCUGAGUCAAUGCAUGUUAGAAUAACCUUUGGCAGUACUUACAGCUGUGAGUCCUUCUGGCUAGGUCUCUAAGAGAUUUGCACAUCUGGAUUGUACAAUCAUUGCCCAUUAUUUUAAAAAAUUCUUCAAGCCCUGUCAAAUUUGUUGUAGGUCAUUGCUAGACAAUUUUCAAGUCUUGACAGACUUUCAAGCAGAUUUAUGUCAAAACUGUAACUGGCCCACUCAGGAUAAUUAGCUCUCUUCUUGGUAUGCAACUCCAGUGUAGAUUUGUCCUUGUGUUUUAGGUUACUGUCCUUCUGAAAAGUGAAUUCAUCACCCAGUGGUACAGCACACUGAACCAGGCUUUCCUGUAUAAUUUUGACUGUGCUUAGCUCCAUUUUCUUUUUUGUCCUGAAACUCCCUAGUCCUUAAUGAUUACAAGCAUAUCCACCACUAUGCUUGAAAAUAUGGAGAAUGGUACUCAGUAAUGUUGUAUUGGAUUUUCCCCAAACAUAACACUGUAUUCAGGACAAAAAGUGACUUGUUUUGCCACUUUUUUCCCUGUAUUACUUUAGUGCCUUAUUGCAAUAUUAUUCUGUACCAUCUUCCUUUUCAUGCUGUCAAUUGGGUUAGUAUUGUGGAGUAACUACAAUGUUGUUGAUCCAUCCUCAGCAAUUUAAACUCUGUUUUAAAGUCACCAUUGGCCUCAUGGUGAAAUCCCUGAGCUGUUUCCUUCCUCUCCAGCAACUGAGUUAGGAAGGAUGCCUGUAUCUUUGUAGUGACUGGGUGUAUUGAUACACCAUCUAACGUGUAAUAACUUGUCAAUGUCUGCUUUUUUUUGUUUGUUUGUGAGGCAUUGGAAAACAUCCGUGGUCUUAGUUUGAAAUUCACUGCUCGACUGAGGGACAUUACAAUUAUCUGUAUGUGUGGGGUACAGAGAUGAGGUAGUCAUUCAAAAAUCACGCUAAACACUAUUGUUACACAAAGUGAGUCUAAACAACUUAUGACUUAAGCAAGUUUUUAUUCCUGAACUUAUUUAGGUUUGCCAUAAGAGGUUGAAUACUUAGUUUUUUUUAAUACAAAAUAAUAAUAAUAAAAAAGAUCUAAACAAUAUUCCACUUUUACAUUAUGUGUGUGUGUGUGUGUGUGUGUGUGGGCCAGUGACCAAUAUAUGUUUAGUCCCUUUCAAAUUCAGGCUGUAGCACAGCAAAAUGUGGAAAAAGUUGAGUUGUGUGAAUAUGUUCUGAAGGCACUGUAUGAAUGUGUGCGUGUGUGAAUGCAUGUCUCCCUUGGACCACCUCCUGUGCUUCACGCCUCUAAUCUGUGUGUAAUAGCUACUCCUCUCUCCCCUCAGACCGGCAGCCUGUGAAACGCUGCUGCUGUGAUCUGAAGUGUGAAACACUGUGUUCAGAAUGAAACUUUAGGAGGUAACGGGAUGGCAAACGUCUACACCUGCCUCCCUGGUUAGAAGCUGAGAAAGCUUUGUCUCUUCCCGUUAUGGCGCAGUUAUGUUUUCUGUAAGAUGCUAUAAAUUAAACCCAUCUUGGAAAUUGUCUUGUCUUGACCAAUUGUAGUACAGUUACUAUGUGUGCUCAAACGGCAAACAACCUGGGAUGAGUCCUCAUCCCAGGCUGUUUGACUAAAGGUGUCUGGUAAGACGGAUGGUGCAGUUCUACCAGGUUUUUGGCCCCUUAUUUUGUGAAGUUCGCCCCUGGAGGACCCUAGGAUGGGGAUGUUCCGUUUUGGUUCUCAUAAAGUCAGAUCGCGACACAGCAGCUCCUGUCUGUGGCACACUGUCUGACCAGAGAAAGUCCACUUUUCUCUCUCUUUCACCACGAUGCUAUCUGUGGUCCAAUACCUAAGGCUGUUAUUGGAUCCAGGGCUCUUGGACUCACUGUCACAAUACUCUUUGUCUAGAAAACAUAAUUGGAGAACAUUGUUGUAGGCACUCUUUGUUUUCACUGUCAUGGGAUUCUUUGCAAAAUAAUCUAAAUAAAAAGCCAUGCAAUUCAAA